GUCAAAAGUGUUCAAGGUGGAAUUCGUUGACGCCAUUUCGUACCUCGUUUCGCUGUAGCGUCACGAAAGUUUCUUCCCUUUUCCUUUAAUUUAAUUUCGCCAAAACGUCGCAACAACAUAAAAUGGUUUCAUCCAAUCAACCGAGGAAAACAAAAAUAUUUGUGGGUCGGUUACCAGAAAAUUGUCGCAGCGAUGAGUUGCGACAAUUAUUUUCACGUUUUGGUGAGGUAACUGAAUGCGAUGUCAUGAAUCGAUAUGGGUUUGUCCACAUGGCACGUGAGGAAGAUGCAGCUGUAGCGAUCAAAGCUCUCCACAACUCCAACUUCAAAGGGGCAACGAUCAACGUGGAACAGUCUACUGGCAAAUCACGCGGCGGGGGAGGAGGACGCAGGGACGGAGAAAGAAGAGCUGGACCAAUGAGAGGUGGUAGAGGAGGACGAGACGGUGGUAGAGACGCUCGUCCAGGACCUUACAAUGAUAGAAGAGUUCUUCCGAUCCAACUCGUUGGUUACGAUGGAUCUGCUGCAGGUGGCGUCGCAACGGGGUACACCGAUUACAAUCGUGGCGCUGGAGACUUUAGUGGACGUGGAACAGACUUUGGCACUGGAUACACCGACCGCGGAGCAUACGGCCAAAAUGUGGGGAAUGCAGCGAUGGGUUACACUUCAACUGCGCCAGGAAUGGGAGGAGGAUAUGGACCGGCGACCGGAGCUGUUGGAGGAUAUGGACCAACCGGGACAGCUGAUUACGGCCGAACUGCAGACUAUAGUCGCGCAGCAGAGUUCGGAGCCAGAACAGAUUACGUGGUAGGAGGUGGGAUGACUGGUGAUUUUAAUCGCGGUGCACCAGGUCCUAUGGAUUAUGGGCGUACUGAUAAUUUUGGUGCAAAUCGCACAGUUGAUUACACAGCUAGAAAUGAAUAUGAUCGAACUGCAACUGGACCUAUGAGAAACGGUGGUGGUGCUGUUGCCACUACUGGGUAUGGAACAGGGUACACAGAUGUAGGAUAUGAUGAAAGUCACUGGCCAAUGAGUACUGGACCCAGCUACAGCACUGGAACACCUAGUUACAGCACUGGUCCUGGACCACAGGCAGACAUGUUUAGUAGAAGACCUGCCGUCCCCAGUGGUGGAUAUCCACCUGUUGGUGGAGGUUAUACUGAAGGAUACGACAGACCAGAUGCGUAUGGUCCUCCACGUGGUGGUGGACGCUUCCCAGGUCCGGCAGACGCGAUGCCACCGAGGUACUAAAAGCGUACUAAAGCAAAUACUAAGCGCAUGCGCGAAAGGCACCCUUAAACAAAUGCCUCUUUAGUGGUGGUCGUUCGCUAACGGAAUCGAAUACCUAGGAACUGCCCUGCGUCCGACAAAUACAGAGUCCAUACCAUUACAUACGAUACUAUGUAUAAUGAUAGAUACGAUAGAUCUAAUGUUUAACACUAACUUAAGGUACGGUAAGAAAUAAGAAGUAUCAAUGAGUAACAUAAUCAGAAAUGAAACGUAACUAAGAUACUUUAAAGAAGAAGAAAAUCGAAUCUUUCAUGAAAAUUGUAAUAUGGAGUCAAGGAAUUUUAUAUGUCGUUCACAUUUUUUUUCCAGCAAAUAGUGGGUAUUUUGUGCGAUUUGUGUUCGUAGUUUUCUUUUUUCUUGAUAUUUCCUAUGUUUUUUUCUUUAGUAGUGGUACCACCCCAACUAUAAACGGUGUGGGUUGAAUUAUCUUUUAUCUAUCUUAAGUCAUAUGAUAAUUACACUAUAGGAUAGAUGAUUUCGUUAUAAGUUUAUAAUAUUUAGAUCAAGAUGAUGGUGACGUAGGCUGCUAUUAAAUAAAAAGUGCUGUAUAAUCUUUUUUUACACGUAAGAACUUGGAUAAUAUUUUAAAUGUUCAUUAAUAAAGCAGAAAAACGCGUUUGCAGAAGUUAUCAAUGUACCUUAACGGAAUGAAAAAUAAAAUUUAAACGAAUACAUCUUUAAGUCUCUUAGCUAAAUAUUUUAAAGUACGUUCACCUUAUUACAGUUUACUUGUAAAUCGCCUACAGUUCAUAGAAUUUCAAUCCAAUCAUACAAAUGUUAUUACUAAAGGCCUUUUAGUUUUCGCUUUAAGUUUUGAUCACACUUUUAUUUGUACUUUCCAAGCAAGAGACUGCUACUAAAACUUCUCUUCAUUAAAAUAUGCGAAGCUGAUUAAUCACUACACAGAAGGGGAUCAUCGAAGACAUUUUAAUGCAAGAUCAGGUGAAAUGUGAUUUUCUCAGUCAGACUAUCCUUUACCGUUCUCCAGCGAACCAACUAGGAAUAAUCAGCGCGCGUUCAAAAUGUGGUACACAUAAUAAUUAUUUGGGUGACGUUUUGCAUUACAAAAUUGCUUUACCUUAUUCGUUUCCUCUUGUAUCGUUUAAUACAAUAUGAUAGAAUUCAUAGGAUCGAAAUUAAUCGUUUUGUAAUAUUCUUACGCUACUUUCAUCGUUUAAUUCAUCGAUGGUGGUUAAACCCUACGCACACCAUAAAACUGCAAGUGACCGUCAUUGACCCUCUAUUUCUCUGUUUCUCAGAACGUUGACAUUUUCAAAUUGUUUACCCACUAAUAAGCUUGAAGAUUGUUACAUAAUCUUUAUACCUUAUCUCCAGUUAUUAAAUGGUCUAGGCUUUGAUACAAUCUCUAUUUCAUUAAAAUUUCUAUGAGUUGGUGAUGCUGGUAUGUUUAAAAUUUCGAAAAUCCCCUGAGAAUUUGAGAAUGUCGAACGGCACGAACUUAUGGGACGACCUAAGACAAUGUAUAAUUGGCCCUUUGCAGAUGAUGCCUUAGUAUUUGGAAGAAAGUAUUAUUUUAAUUGUGCAAUUUUUUAAACAUUUUUGUAAUAGUCGCCACGCGGGUAGGUACGAAUAUUACAAACCGUUUAGCUUUGAGCUUACAUCACCAGUUGGUUUUUGAAAUAAGUAGGAGAAUAAAGAUGAAUUCCGUUAGUGUUCUGAUCGAUAUGAAAUUGUUUGUGUUAAUUAAACAUGGCGAAUGGUAUAAAUUCGAAAAAGCAAGGUGAAAUGCAGAACGUCAUUUGGACUUUGAUGGAAUCUACAUGUCUUGUACUCAGACAGCGUAAUCUUGAAUUGUGCGACGAACCGCGUAAGCGCAGCGCACUCUAAUCCUGGUGGCAUAUCAACGUCCGAUUAUUGAAGAAACGAUAUCAAGUCGCUUACCUAUGCGUGUGGCCUGUAGAUGCGACACUCUGGUGAAUAGUGCAAGCUUCGAUAUGCGGAUAACGCGCCACAAAUUGCGUUUGCGCUCAAAGCUGGCGGUGCUUUGAAUUUAAACAGAAGAUUACAAGUGGGAUGAGGACACACUGGACAAUGAGAUGAACUCAGAUUGCAAGUAUGAGUCCUAAAAAUACCAAGAAGACUUUGUCUGUCAGGGAAGACAUUCGGAGUGACGUAAAAAGAAGAAGAAGCGAAAGAAAAAAAAAAUGUCAAUUGUAGCCAUGUGCGCUAACAAUGUCAGAAUCAAUGAAUGUUAUUCUUGUUAAGUAAUAUUUUCACAGUAAUAUUUCAAUUUAACGCACUGCUAUGCGUUAUUAAUAUUUAUUAUUUCACUGUAAGAUAUAAAUACGUGUAUAUUACUACGUAAUGAAAAUGUCAAAAAAUAAAGAAAUAAUUUUUAAAUAAAUGUAAAAAAUUGUAC